AUGGAAAAUACGCAAGAUCAAAAAAAGAUAAACAUUAAUGUUCAAGAGCGUGAUCAUGAUAUCCCUCACAUUGCUAUCCUUCCAUGUCCUGGAAUGGGUCAUCUCAUUCCUCAUCUUGAGUUAGCUAAACGUUUAUGCAACUAUCAUGGCAUCCAAGUGACGUUUUUCGUAUACUUAACCGAAGCUUCUGCUGCUCAAUCUCAAUACCUUAUCGCGCAUCCUCUUCCCGAAUCUCUUCAUGUAUAUCACCUUCCGCCGAGAGACAUUUCUACUUUCGUAACAGAUUUUACUGAUAUUCAAACUCGUAUCUGUAUAAUCAUUCGUGAAUCUCUUCCCGACGUCGAAUCCUACAUUGUUAACAGUCACCAUAAGGAGCACACCGGUAUUAGUAAUACGGGUGUCAGCCCCGUAAAUGUUCUCAUUGCGGAUUUUUUCGCUACGGACUCUUUUGAUAUCGCUGACAAAAUAGGCAUACCUAAAUACAUCUUCUUUUGCCCUGCAGCUGAUUUGCUCCUCUUCAUAAUAUAUUUUCCCAUACUUGAUAGCCAAGUGCAAGGUGAGUUCGUUGAUCUCAAAGAGCCAAUAAAAAUCCCUGGUUGUAAGCCUCUUCAACCAAGGGACUUAGUUGAUCCGGUAAGGAAUCGCAAGACUGAUGCGUAUAACUGGUUCUUACACCAUGCAAGCCGGUUUCAACUAGCUGAUGGAGUUCUCAUAAACACAAGCCAAGAUCUUGAGCCUAAGACUAUUAAAGCAUUGCGAGAAGAUCCAGCCCUACGACAACUAGGUACUCCACGGAUAUAUCCAGUUGGUCCCCUUAUUAAGCCAUCAUCGGCAAAAGUAAUGAAAGAUGAAGAUUCUUAUAUCACGGCACGGAUUAACCAGCAACCGGAGGAUUCAGUGAUUUUCGUAUCAUUUGGCAGCGGUGGGACAUUAUCAGCUGAACAGACGACAGAGUCAGCGUGGGGUUUAGAACUGAGUCGGAAACGGUUCAUAUGGGUUGUUCGGAAACCAGUAGAAGCGGACGCUUCAGCCGCAUUUUUCAGCGUAGGCAACGAGGAGAACAAUCCUAAUGAAUACUUACCACAUGAGUAUCAAAACAGGAUCAAUGGAGUAGGCUUGUUGGUAACUACGUGGGCACCACAAACAGAAUUACUCGGACAUUCAUCAGUAGAAGUAGAAACUACGGAGCACUUAUUCAUCCUUUGCCCUGUGAUUAUGGAGCUGUGGCAGUACUUUAUGUCUUCCUUGAAGGUUUGUUGGGAAAUGCCAUUCCAGUUUAAUUCUUUGAUGCUCGGUUGGAGAUUGGGAGGAGUAAAUGCAAGGGUAAGGAUGGUGUGGCAACUGUUGCCAUUUGCGAUAUGUUGGGAAGUUUGGAACGAGCGUAAUAGGAGAGUUCAUGGAGGGAGAGCUAAAACAAACUAUGAGCUACAGAUUGCUAUAAAGCAAUGGAUUCACCUGCGGAGCUCUAAUACAGACAUUUUCAAGCAUUAUUCUGCUUCUCAGAUUUUGCACCAAUGA